AUGCCAGACUCACCGACCAUCAAACUCGCUGACUAUCUGUUUACGCGAUUACAUCAGCUCGAAGUCCAUUCCGUCUUUGGUGUACCUGGGGAUUACAACCUUCGACUCCUCGAUUACGUAGAACCAAAUAAGCUGCAUUGGGUCGGAAACUGCAACGAGCUGAAUGCUGCGUAUGCUGCCGAUGGAUAUGCACGGAUCGCUGGCCUCUCGGCCUUGAUCACGACCUUCGGAGUGGGCGAGUUGUCUGCUAUCAAUGGGGUAGCUGGGGCGUAUGCCGAGCGGGCAGCUGUGGUACACAUUUGUGGGACACCAUCGCGGAAAUUGCAAGAUGAGAGGGUGAAGAUGCAUCACACAUUUGCAGAUGGCGAGUACCGACGGUUUGCAGAAAUGCACAAGCAUGUUACAGCUGCACAAACGGAGCUGCGAGAUUCAAGGACGGCACCAGAACAGAUAGACUGGAUUAUCGGGCAGGCCAUGUUGCACUCGAGGCCGGUCUAUCUCGAAAUCCCGGAUGAUAUGGUGGACGUUGAAGUGUCUUCAACAAGAUUGGCACAGAAAAUCAUAUCACCAGAGGCACUGAAGGCUCCGUCAGAACCUCAGAUCUUACAGUCUAUCCUGGACCGGAUCUACUCCGCAAAACGCCCCUUGAUCUUGAUAGACGGGGAGAGCAGACCUAUGGGUGUUCUCGGUGAAGUGGACGAGCUAGUGAAAACUUCUAGCUGGCCAACAUGGACAACAACAUAUGGAAAAGGACUGGUGGACGAGUCGCUGCCUAGUGUUCAUGGGAUGUACACUGGAAAGUAUGGACUUGAUGGUGCGAAGGCCUACUUCGAGUCUGCAGACUUAAUCCUCGUCUUUGGACCUCAUUAUAGCGACACUAACACCAAUGGUUUUACGUGCAUUCCGAAUCAGACGUCAGCAGUUCUUUUUCAGGAUAUGACCAUCCACGUUGGGACAGAGACAUAUCGUGACGUUUCCGGUAAGCGCAUUCUGUCCCAGCUCUUGCAGCAGCUUGUCCCGUCCAAAUUGCAAAGCAUUCAAGGACCUCCUAAGCCAGAUACGACACUCGACAAAUCUUCUCUCACUGGGCCUAUAACCCAAGACUAUUUCUAUCGUUUCAUCAACCCCCUUUUCAGAGAUGGAGACAUCGUCCUUACUGAGACCGGAACGGCCUCUCACGGUGGCCGAGCUUUAGUCCUGCCUCCCGGCACACGCUUCUUCUCUGCAAUCACAUGGCUGUCGAUUGGAUACAUGCUUCCUGCAACUCUUGGAGCAGCACUUGCGCAGCGUGACACUGCACAGGGAAAGCGCACCGUGCUGUUUAUGGGAGAUGGAAGUCUUCAAAUGACUGUGCAAGAACUAAGUACAAUCAUUAAAGAGAAGCUGGAUGUCAUUAUAAUUCUCAUCAACAACGACGGCUAUACUAUCGAACGUGUGAUACAUGGUCGUACACAGGGCUAUAAUGACAUAUUUCCCUGGAACCAUAGAGCAGCAAUGACCUUAUUCGGCGCUGGGGAACAGCAUGCAUCCGAAAAUUACCUUGCCGCAAGAACAUGGGAGGAUCUCACCACUGUCUUACAGAGCCCAAAGGUUCAAGAAGGCUCUGGUCUUCGCAUUGUCGAGGUCUUUAUGGACCGAUUAGACUGUCAGGGCGCUCUCAAGGAUCUGCUUCAACGGCAGGUUGCGUCUGAAAAGACGGAGGAGCCACCAUUGAUAGCAUCCGAGGUUUCGAAGAAGGUUUGA